CCCUCCCCCGCAAAACCCCCCCGCGUCGGCCAUGUCUCUCUCCGGAGGCGACCGCUAGGGUUUCAAUCCCCCCCUCUCCCCCUGGGACUCGCCGCACCUCGAGACCCCCCCCGCCGCACCGGAUCCCGGCACCCGCGCCCGCCCACAGCCUUCGCCGCCUCGCCCCGGUCGCCGACGCCGCUCUCCGCCGCCCGGCACCUCCUCCCCCGUCGCCUGCAGCUCCGCGUCGGCGCCGGAUUGGUUAGGGUUUGGGUUUUCGGCGGUCGACGCCGAGCCCCCCCUCUCCGCAGGGCUCGCGCCGGAGGGUACGAGCUCGCGGGGCUCCCCUCCUCCUCCGCCGCUCCAGGUUGGAAGUUGUCAAGGGAACUUGUUCUACAGUGUCUUUUCAGUGCAUGAGUCAGUUGCUUCCGAGGUAGCGCUCAUAGUUAACAAUGCAUACAAGAAAAAAGGGUGCUGCGAGAUCUGCAGAUGGGGAUCAUGCCAAUCUUAAAACAAGCAGGGCAUCACGAAGAUCAACUCAGCCUCCAGUUGCUGAAAAGAAAGUAACAGAUCUCAUUACGUCUUCUUCCAGGAAGCAGAAGCCUGUUGGUGUUACUUCCAAGAAACAUUCUAAAGGAGGAAGGAAGCUCUUAGCUGCAUGUGACAGCGCUGAUGCUGAAAAUGAUGCACCUCAAGUGGCCCCUAGUAUUCCUGCUGAUCAGCAGCACUCUGAUGGCGGUGGUGCAGAUGAUCGUCCAAACAAUUCCAUUUUCUCCCCUACAUACCAUCAUCACAAGGAUGGUGGUCUGAAUAACCUCUCAAAAGCUGGCUCAUUAGAAGAUCAGACAGCACCUGUUCAUGGUUGUAACGAAGCUACCCAAAAAUCCGGGUCAAACAUUGCACGUAACACUUGUGAUGGGGCAAGUGACCACUCUUGCACGCUCAAUUUGCAAUCUACUGGGCAGAGCAAAUUGCUUGAAGUGGAUGAGUACAGUGAACUGGGAAACCUUUCUUCAGAAGUGUCAGCAAUAUAUCUUGCUAUGCAGCAGUCUAAACUGGAGUGCAUUGAUGAACAGAGUCAAGAUUCUACCUCAACAGAAGGUUAUUGUGACGCUGAGGAGACUGAGGAGUAUGAUGAGUUUGAUCCAUAUUCUUUUAUCAAAGAUUUACCUGAUUUAUCUAUGGUGGUUCCCAAGUUUCGCCCUGUUCUCCUUCCAAAGCAGACACGGAGUUGCCCAACAACUACACUUGUACUUGAUCUGGAUGAAACUCUUGUCCAUUCAACUCUUGAACACUGUGAGGAUGCUGAUUUCACAUUUCCAGUUCAUUUUAACUUUAGAGAGCACACAAUAUAUGUUCGAUGCCGCCCCUAUCUCAAAGAGUUCUUGGAUAGGGUUGCCACCUUGUUUGAGACGAUUAUUUUCACUGCUAGUCAAAGCAUUUAUGCAGAGCAACUUCUCAACGUUCUUGAUCCCAAAAGAAAGUUGUUCCGUCAUCGUGUUUAUCGCGAGUCUUGCGUUUAUGUGGAGGGAAACUACCUAAAGGAUCUGACAGUUCUUGGACGAGACUUAACCCGUGUAAUGAUUGUUGAUAAUUCUCCACAGGCCUUUGGGUUCCAGUUAGACAAUGGCAUUCCUAUAGAGAGCUGGUUCGAUGAUCCCAAUGAUACUGAACUACUGAAAUUACUCCCCUUCCUAGAAAGCUUGGUUGGUGUUGAUGAUGUCCGGCCUUAUAUAGCAAGGAAGUUCAACCUUCGGGAGAAGGUAGCCACUGCAGCUUCUCUCACAAUGGACAUGCAGAUGUGAUCCAUUCACUGAUGUGCCACCGCAUCAUGGUGGCAGUGGUGAUAAAUGUAGAAGAGAAGCUGAUAUGGCGAUUCUGUAGAAUGUAGUAGUAUAUCAGGGUCCCUGCAUGUGGCAAUGUUGUAUGUUUUCUCGGCUGCCAUGUACAAUUCGCUGAAGUUCAGCAGUUGUAAAACUGUACUUUCUAGGAAUAAACCAUCGUCAUAUGUGAAGGUCUUGUCGCGCAUUC